GUAAAUCAAUUCAAACACAACAGAACGAAAGAAAGACCUUAUCUCUCCUUAUAUAUAUGGCGGACUCGACUCGGCCGUUUCUUUCCAACUCGUCGGAGUCAAAGCUUUCACCACCAAGAUCCCUCGAUGAGACGAUAGAGCAAUGCAUCGGAAACUUCGGAUGGGCACAGUUCCUCCAAGCCGCUUUAAUCUCAUUCGCUUGGUUCUUCGACGCUCAGCAAACGUUCAUCACUGUCUUCACUGACUCACAACCCACGUGGCACUGUACCGACUCGGUAUGCAACACUUCCUCCAACCUCUGCACCUUACCCAACCAAACCUGGUCGUGGGACUUCGACCCACACGUGUCAAUCAUAUCCGAGUGGGGCCUACAAUGCGCUGGCUCGUUCUUCAUGGGAUUGCCUGCAAGUUCUUUCUUCCUCGGCUGUCUGAUAGGCGGCUUAGCUCUUUCUACACUCGCCGACUCAUCGCUCGGUCGUAAGAACAUGCUCUUGUUGUCGUGUCUCAUAAUGUCUCUCUCUUCGAUGUUAACAGCUUUCUCAACGAGCAUUUGGGUUUAUGCGUUCUUGAGAUUCGUGAACGGGUUUGGCCGAGCCACGAUCGGGACUUGUGCCCUCGUUCUAUCGACGGAGUUAGUCGGUAAAAAAUGGCGAGGGCAAGUAGGUGCGAUGGGUUUCUUUUGCUUCACGUUAGGGUUUUUAACGCUUCCAAUGUUUGGUUACAUCAAUAAGGGGAAUUCUUGGAGGUAUCUCUACGUUUGGACAUCGAUACCGACUUUAAUCUAUUGCAGUUUAGUUCGAAUUUUCGUCCGGGAGUCUCCUAGAUGGCUUAUCGUAAAGGGACGUAAAGAAGAAGCCGUCUCGAUUCUCCAAAGCAUUGCUUCUAAUGCAAUCACUGUGAGUUCCACGAACUUAUCCGUCUCGAUUCUCCAAAGCAUUGCUUCUAAUGCAAUCACUGUGAGUUCCACGAACUUAUGUUUUGAUGUACAAGAGAAUCAAUCCGAGUUAAACCCUGAUAUUUACGACGCGUUAAAGAUCUUGGUGAGGAAAAGUUGGUUGCUUAAGAGAUUGUUAGUGGCUAUGGCUCUUGGAUUUGGUAUCGGUAUGGUUUAUUACGGAAUGCCACUAGCUUUAACGAAUCUAAACUUCAAUCUCUACUUGGGUGUUGUGUUCAACGCCUUGUCUGAAUUCCCAGCUUUUCUCAUAACGUUUUUCCUCAUUGAUAAAAUCAACAGAAGAGAUGCGUUGAUCGGAUUUACAGCUCUAAGUGGGAUCUCUAGCGCUCUAAUCGCGGCGUUAGGGCAAAAAUUAGGGUCAUUACAGAUGGUGCUAGAGCUCGUUUCGUUUUUCAGUGCAUGCACCGCGUUUAACAUGACGCUUAUAUACACAAUCGAGCUGUUUCCGACAUGUGUGAGGAACUCGGCGAUGGCGAUGGUGAGGCAAGCGUUGGUGUUUGGCGGCGUUUUUAGUCCAGUGAUGGUUGCGGCUGGUCGGGAAAAUCAGUUUUGGUCGUAUGGGUUGUUUGGUUUGGUCAUAGGAUUGUGUGGAUUGUUUGUGGUUGGAUUACCGGAGACUAGAGGAAGUGUUCUAUGUGACACUAUGGACGAGGAGGAGUAUAAGACUUUGGCAAGGGACAAUUUAUUGGUUGAUAGUGUUGUCCUUGUCUGAUUUGUUGUAAUAAAAGUGUGCAGGCUUAAACUGGCCGGUUCGGUCUUGAAUCCAAUCAUUCUGCUCCAUAAAUUUAUAAACCACGUGUUAACUCAUUACAAUCAUUCGGUCUU